AUGGAACUACAAUUCCCAUUGAGAUUGGAAAACCCAAUGUACUUUAAACCUUCCUUCGACGAUGAAUUUUAAUAAAUAGAAAGGUUUGCAUUUAAGACCCCAAAAGUCAUGAGGCCCAAUUAUGAUAAUAUAGUGGAUUGGGAAGUUUUUUAAAUCAGUAGUUCGGAGCCUGAAGAAAUAGACUUGGAAGGCAUUUCAUCAUUUUUCAUUGAUUUUGGCAAAGAAGUUCAUCGCAAAAACGAUCUAAAAUAUUUAAUUACUGAAUAUGAGUUUAAUUGGUCAAAUCCUUUUAAUAUGCAAGAUUACGAUUACCUUUUUGUUCUGAAAAAAAGAGAUUUGAUAGGCAUCCUUGCUUUUAAAAAGGAAGAAUAGUUAAAUGAAAUUUUAGGUUUCAUCCUGAGAUAAUUAGUGCUUUCUACCAGAUAUUAAGAAAUCGGGAUUCGUUUACAAAUAGACCAGACUUUGGAUUGGAUAUGCUACGUCUCCUUUAAGAAAAUAAUUCAGUUAAUUGGGCUGAUAAAUAAUAUCGAAUAUUAAUCAAUGCUUGAACUCACUAAAAAAGUCCUUUAAAUUAAAUAGGUUCAGCUUAAUGAAUAGGACAUCUAAUCAAUUGUUUAUAAGACCAUAAUUUCAACAGGUUUAUUUCCAUAUUAAUGUGAACUAAAUACAAUGGAUCGCAUCAUUGAUCAUGUUAAACCCUUUAUUUAUUUAUCGAAUUUAAUAAUGGGAUCUGCUAUUGUUCCUUGGAGUCCCAAAUAUCAUGCAUGCCUAUGUAUAAUUUUCUAAGAUCUUUAGCUAUUGGCAAUAUUAGAUACAGCUAUGCUGAUGCAUCAAUAUUUAUGCUUCAAACAGUAAGGUAGAGAAAAUACAAAAAAUCAUACGAUUAUGUCAGUUUAAAGAUGCUCGAUUUCUUCCCACUUAACUCUUGGGUUGAAUCACUAGGUAAUUUCUUUAUUUAGCAUUUUAUCUAAAUUUUGUAGAUGAUAAAAGAGAGUCUCCCCUCAUUAUAGGUGGAAUUCAACAAGGUCAACUCGAUUUCAUCAGGGGAUGAAGAAAGCAGCUCGUUCAAAAGCCUUUAGAAACCUCUUCUCGAAGAAACUAAAUUUACGUACAAAAUUAUUUUAAAUUUAGUGAAUAGCAGAUGGUUGACAAAGAGUAUCUCGCAUUAUUCAAAAAUCUAAUAAAAAAGUCUAUUUAAGACAUUUCCUAUGAGAAAACAAUAUAUGGAUUCACGAAACAGUUUUCCAAGAUAACUGAGAUUAAGGAUUAAAUUUCUAAAGAAUUUUAUGAUAAUUAUUAAUCAGAAAUGAACAGAUCAAAUAUACUCGAUCAUGCUAUUUCCAUUCUAACAGAAACUGAAAUGGAAGGUUAUUCCAUAUUUUCUAACAACUGCUAAACACCUUUAUCUGCAUUUAUUUAUAAGGUGUGCGAAACAUUUCGUCCUUAUUAAGAGAUAUUGAAGUAAUAGAAGAAAUUAAAAAAUGCUAACGUAAUUAUUAGAAAUUCAGCAACGAAUUUGAGAAUUGAAAAUGAGGACAGAAAUAAAGAUAGAGAUAGGGAUAUAACUAAUUUGAAAUGGAUAACAACUUAUUGUAAGUAUGCAUCCAUAUUUGAUUUGGCGAUGCUAUCUUAAUAAUUUAUUUUACCUGCAUAAUUAACUCAUAGUUUAGAUUACUUUGGCUAUUAUAGUGACAAAUUAUCAUAGGAGUUCUUAAAUGAUGUACGAAAAUGGAACACGAAUAUCAGUGAUUUUCAUAAGGUUCACCAUCAUCAUGGUAAUUCAUAAUAAAACCAUUGUAAAAGAAAGCCUAUGGAUUAGAUCAAAUCUUUUGAGAGUCUAGUAGAUGAAGGAAUCAAGGUUGGACUAUUUCAAUAUUUGAAUAUCAAAAUGAAAAAUUUAGUAGAACCAAUCCCAAUUUUAUAAUUAUUCUCAAAUUUAGAUGAGGAUUAACGCGAUGAUUUAAAACUUGACCUACACUACUUGAUGCAACAUUACUAAAUAUAGAUUGUUAAUUUUAAGAAAAAAAACUCUGGAAAGAAAUAAGCCCAAUUAAAACACAGAUUAUAAAUUUAUUUAGACACAGUAGGUUUUCUUUACUACAAUUCUAUCAGAAUGUAAUUGAACUUAAAAGAGAGAGAAAACACCUUAAGUCAAAUUGGGUUUGUGAUUGUUAAGAGUGAAAAUAAAGUCGAGAAAGGAGAACCAACAAAUAUUGAUUUAUAAAUUAUCGUAUGA